AUCUUUCCGAUGGCGAGAAAGAGAACCAAGAGGGAGCGGCGUCCAACAACAACGGGGUUUACGGCAUACUCAGCAGUGCCUUGGGCAUGACAUCCUCUGCUGUUGCGAGCAGAGUCGCCGCUUUCGCUCCUGCUUCUUUUGAAAAUGGAUCAUGACGGCGAAAGCAGCUCCUCAAAUGUCAGCUUCGCUUCGGCUGACGAGGGUUCUGCCUCACACGACGCUUCCCUUGCCAACAAGGACGAUAUCGCUGCCGACGACACCUCGGCCCGGUCCUCGGUCGAUUCGGUCGUCCUCUCGGAGACAGGCUCGCAAGGCCUCUCGAGCGAGCCAAGUCCCCCAACCGGCCUCUCCCAAGCCCAAUCCCACCACGAAAAAGAACUCCGUAAGCUCCAAAAUCGCAUGCGCAAAGCCCAAGAGAAGCUCGAGCGCGCCCAGGCCCGCCGUCGCGCCAAGCAUGGCAACAGCAACGAUAAGGCCACCGACGUCGAAAGCGACACCGCCGGCAUCCAAGGCAAAGACAAGGACAAGGAAAUGACGAUCAAGCAUUGGCCAAACUGCGCGAGAAGCACGAACGGGAGAUAGCCCGGCAGGAGGAGAAGUACCGGCGGGAGCUGCAGCGGCUGGUUCACAAGCGCGCGGCCGAGGAGCGCAAAGCUGAAGCGCGGCGCAGGAAAGCCGCCGAGCGCGAGGAGAUGGCCAACCUGGUUCGGGAGCUUGAGCGCGCCCGGGCCGAGCGCGACGUCGCGCGCAAG